AUGUGUAAAAAGGAACAGAAGUCACGCAGAACACAGAACAAGAACAGAAGUCACGCAGAACACAGAACGAGAACACACAGAAUAGAAAGGGACACCAGACAAGACAAGACAAGACAGAACAGAACAGGGACAGAAGUCACACAGAACAUAGAACGAGAACACACACAGAAUAGAAAGGGACACCGGACAAGACAAGACAAGACAGAACAGAAAGGAACAGAAGUCACACAGAACGAGAACACACAGAAUAGAAAGGGACACCAGACAAGACAAGACAAGACAGAACAGAACAGAAGUCACGCAGAACACAGAACAAGAACAGAAGUCACGCAGAACACAGAACGAGAACACACACAAAAUAGAAAGGGACACCAGACAAGACAAGGCAAGACAGAACAGAAAGGAACAGAAGUCACGCAUGAAAGGGACACAGACAAGACAGCAAGACAAGAACAGAUCAGAGUAGAAAGGGGACAAGAAAGACAAGACAAGACAAGACAGAACAGAAAGGAACAGAAGUCACACAGAACACAGAACAAGAACAUACACAGAAUAGAAAGGGACACCAGACAAGACAAGACAAGACAGAACAGAAAGGAACAGAAGUCACGCAGAACACAGAACAAGAACAGAAGUGGAACACAGAACGAGAACACAACACAGAAUAGGAAAGGGACACCGGACAGACAAGACAAGACAGAAACAGAACAGGGAACAGCGUCAGGAAUUUCGCCGCAACAAAAACAAUGCCGUUGCUGGGAGACACAAAGCAAUGAGGAAAAAAUACACCAUAGAUUACCCAAAAUUACUGCUAAUUUGGAAUCCCUUAAUCCAAAAUGA